AUGUUUAAGCCCGUCCCACUUCCAGCAAUAACAGACAGUGCUUGCUGCCGAACACUCGUGGCUUCUGUUUACGGUCAGAGAGUCUCCUGAUUCCUCGAUUCUAACGCAAUGGCGACAGCCAUCGGCAGUAAAAGCAGUAAUCAUGGGAUGAUGAUGACAAGCACCAUGCAGCCCCCGGGUACCCACAGGCUGGAUUACCUCAGGAAGCAGCACAUGGAUCCUCGCAGGAGGCAGGCUGCCCUCUCCUUCCUGAAUAACAUCUCUCUUGACGGGCGACCUCUGCAGGAAAAUAAAGGAGAUGGUACACGUACAGCUGGCAGGACUCAAUUGGGGGCAACGCAGAGCCCAGUUCCUAGUAGUGUAAUAGCGUCACCCCUCAGCCCAGUCCAUACAAAGCAGCACACCAAAACCAACGUUUCAGUCUGUGCAGAAGGGCACCUAAAAGAAGGCAACGUAAACAAACAGCAGGCUUGUAAAGAUGAGAAUACAGCAGGCGCCACUAUUCCUAUAUCUGUCCCAGCAGUAUGCCCAGGCACCAGGGGUCGUUUGCACUCCUUUACCUAUGGCAUCAUCCCCUCUGCUUUAUGCAGAAGUCCAGUUAUACAGACAGUUCUUCCCCUUGAGACAGUUUCCAGCGCUGUUGAUAUCCAGAGGUCACGGCGACGCCUGAUCUCCCAGCGAUCUUCUUUAGAAACACUUGAAGACAUUGAAGAAAACGCUCCCUUGCGGAGAUGUCGGACCUUGUCCGGAUCACCCAGACCAAAGAAUUUUAAGAAGGUUCAUUAUAUCAAGAGCAUGAGACAGCACGACACCAGGAAUGGCAGAAUAGUCCUGAUCAGUGGUAGAAGAUCAUUCUGUAGCAUAUUUUCAGUGCUGCCAUACCGAGACUGUGGUCACAUUGGGGACCUAAAACUGGAAGGUACAAGACAGCGUCAUUCAUCUGGGGGCAUUGGAACCAGAGAGAUGAUCCUUGGCCUUGAAGGAGUAGAGCUUGGUGCUGAUGGGAAGACUGUAUCAUAUACACAAUUCUUGUAUCCAACCUACGCUUUGGGAGCUCGCAGAAACACGAUAGACUCCACAUGUUCGUUUUCUCAGUUUCGCAACACAAGUCACCGCAAUCUGACAUUGGGCAGAGCAAACAGUAUUCAAGGAAGUAUUGAUACAGGCAGUGAUAUAGGGGAUUACAUUGAAUAUGAUCCAAACCUUCUGGAUGAUCCUCAGUGGCCAUGUGGCAAGCACAAACGGGUUUUAAUAUUCCCUUCCUAUAUGACCACGGUUAUAGAGUAUGUGAAACCUUCUGACCUCAAGAAAGAUAUGAAUGAAACAUUCAAGGAGAAGUUCCCUCAUAUCAAGUUGACACUCAGCAAAAUUCGAAGCUUAAAACGUGAUAUUCGUAAGUUAGCCCAGGGCGAUUGUGGUUAUGAGGAACCCACCGUAGCAAUGGCCUUUGUCUACUUUGAGAAACUUGCACUAAAAGGGAAGCUGAACAAGCAGAACAGGAAGCUUUGUGCUGGAGCAUGUAUCCUAUUAGCUGCUAAGAUUAGCAGUGACCUCAGAAAGCAUGAAGUCAAACACCUCAUUGAUAAACUGGAAGAGAAGUUCCGUGUGAAUAGACGCGAGUUGAUGGCCUUUGAAUUUCCUGUGCUGGUUGCCUUGGAGUUUGCGCUCCACUUGCCGGAGCAUGAAGUGAUGCCUCAUUAUAGACGACUGGUCCAGAGCUCCUAGCAUCAGAUGCACUUUACCAGACUAUUUUCCCAUCACAGUGGAUGUAUUGGGCUGCAGCUGCUACUGGAAAUGCAAACAGAAGUCUUAAAAUGAGCACACGUGUUCAUGCAAAUCUUUGAUGUUAUUUUGUAUCAAAGCCACAGUAACACUAUUCCAAGUAACUGCUAGGAGCAGACGUGGUUGGCAAGCUACGUUAUCACUUGCUCUGACAUCACAUCAAUACAUUAUCAUGGUGACAUCACAACUAAAAAGUUCCAUCUCUUUUGCCUAUAGAGAUGAUAUUUAGAAGAAAAACAAUGGACAUUACAUUUAUGUACAAUGUUAUAGGUAUCUUCACUGUGUCAAGCAAGAUUGUGCCAAUCAAUUUUAUGAUCUGCUUUUUCGGGGAUAAAAACACUUUUAUAUUAUAGUGUUUCUGACUUUGCAUCUGCUCCUUUUCGGGAAAGGAAAUUGACAAAUGUGAUUCCUUUUUAUUAGUCUGUAGGGAAAGCUGUUAACAAAACAAAACAACAGAUCUUUAUUUUAAUCCCGCUUGCUUUUGCUAUGACACUACAAAUGGACCAAUGCAGCAAACGUUUCAUUCCAAAUACUGGCAAAGCAUAAACAUUGUAUUAUACGUUCAGCGACAUUGUUUUGGUAUAAAGCCACUUCAUUGCACUUUUCCACUGUGAAGGAGAUGUUUCUAGUUACACUCUUUGGUGUGGAGUUUUUGUGCUCUAUGUUAGAGUGCGCACUAAGCACAUUUACUGUGCUCUAUGUUAGGCAGUGCAAGGCAGCGGUGUACAGUAGCCCUGUGCAUACACACGCAUUUACCAUGUCAAGUCAUUUAAUCAAAAGACAUUCUGCACAGACAGAACAAUUUAAGUAAUGAAAGCCACGCUGCAUGAUAUGCAAUCGGCUGUGCAUCUUCAUUAGGUGUCUGCUUGAUUAGCAGUAAUAUGCUGACUGGCAUUAACUGACAGCAGGAGCGGAGUAAAAAAAAAAGUGCUUUAAUGUGACUGUGGACACACACUGCCCUAACGAUUGCUAAAGCAAACAAGGACAUCCUCUGAAUGUCACCCAUGCCGUCCUUAUAAAGGCAGUGUGAAAGAUAUCUAAACCGUGGUUUCCUACUGCAUAGCAUACAGACGCAUUAACAAACUGAAUAAGAGUUUGAUUUACUUGGAUACAAAAACCAUACAUAUGUGUAUUUUUCUACCAACUGCACCACUUCAGUAUAAGCUUCUUACUAAUAAUAAUGCCUCUGUGAGGUUGUGCCUUCUGCAGAUAAAAAAAAGGUUUUAAGUGUUUCAGGCAUUUACUAACGGACCUCAUUAACCACCAACUCAUGUCAGUGUUUGCUUUUUCCCUUACAAAAUAAAUGUUCUCCGGUGUCUGUCUGCUGCCUCUUGGUUGCAGGAAUUGGUUUAAAAUAUAUUUUUUCUGUGAGGGAGGGGGGUAUAAAACAGUUCUUCACAGGUUAUCAUUCGGGUUGCACCGUCACAAUAGCCAUAUGACUUGGGCCUCUCAAAAUAAAGGGCCCCUGUCUAAAUUUUGUAAUCUGGAUCUUCUGUGCAGGAACCAACUUUUUAACAUAUCAGUUUUGAAUAUAAUUUCUGGUAUUACAGUGAACUAUCUGAUAUGCAAAGACAAAUGUCAGACUUUACUAUUUUGGCUACACUGGGGCUGAAUGAAGUCUAGUAUUUCAGGAUCUGUAAUAAUAAUGUAUUAAAACAGAUGAUACAUGACAAAGUUUAGAAGUUAAAAAUAAUUUAAUGGAGUCAACAAAUUAUGUUUAUGUAGUUACAUCAUUUACUUUUCAGAAAAUGGAGGACACAUAUUUUUGGGAAUCAACCUGGUGCCAUUUUCAUACUGCUGCAAGCAGAACUUCUCUGCAACCUGAUCUGUGAAUAACUAGCUUAAUGGACCACAAACAUUUGCAAUUUUUCUACUUUUAACCAUUUGGCAGCCAGUCAAGGGGUUAAAUUCCACAUUCUGUAACUCUAUUGCCAUCUUGCUCAUUUGGUUUACAUUCCAAUUAUUAAUCUGCUUAACAACGUUUACAUUCCCACAAACCUUUUCAUUCAUGUUUUUCUUCCAAAAUAUUUUUCCAAUGGGAUUUUAAGUUUUACUUCAUGAAGUUAUAGCAGAAGCAUCUAACAACCAUUAAGUGACAAUAUGUCUUCACUGAUGUAAAAUAAAAUGGUGCUGUUUAACUCCCAUUUUAUUAACAUUGUGAAGGUAAUUAACGUACAUUUUUAAUGACAGAAAUAAGCUGGCUGUCAACGCCUUUUAUUAUCCUUUUAGGAAUGUUUAACUAGUUAUUCAUUUCUACAAACAAUUUGUUCAGUUUAAUAAAGCCUUUUUUAAUA